AUUUCUGAGAUGUCAGCACCCAUAAAGGUCACAGGAUCUCUGUUUGUGUGUAAACUUCUCUCGGCCAAUAGGAGCAGACUACUGUGGUUUCACAUACCCUCAUUUCUCAGCGCUUUCUCCUUUGACAGGAAACUAUAAAUAGAGGCUCAAACUCUUCCAACUGUCUUUCUUUCGGGGUCUAAUGUCCAGCCAACACAACUGACAAGAUGGUUUCUCAAGGAAUUCAGAUCAUUGGUAUAGCCAUGGCGUUGAUCGGCUGGUUAAUGGUGGCGGUGGUCUGCGCCUUGCCCAUGUGGAAGGUGACGGCGUUCAUCGGGGCCAACAUCAUCACGGCGCAGACUGUCUGGCAGGGCUUGUGGAUGAACUGCGUGGUGCAGAGCACGGGCCAGAUGCAGUGUAAGGUGUAUGACUCCAUGCUGGCUCUGGCGCAGGACCUGCAGGCCGCUCGGGCCAUGAUCAUCAUCUCGAUUCUGACGGGAAUCUUUGGCGUGAUCCUGUCCAUCGCCGGGGGGAAGUGCACUAACUGUAUAGAGGACGACAAAUCCAAAGCCAAGGCCUGCAUCCUGUCUGGAGCUUUGUUCAUCGUCUCGGCGUUUCUCUGUCUUAUUCCCGUCUCCUGGUCCGCCCACACCAUCAUCACCAAUUUUUACAAUCCUUUGCUGCUUGAGGCUCAGAGGUACGAGCUCGGGGCGGCAUUGUACCUUGGCUGGGCUGCAGCUGCACUGUUGCUGAUGGGAGGGGGGCUAUUGUGCUGGAACUGCCCCCCAAAGAAUCAACAACCCCGCUAUGUGCCCAAAUUCACACCGGUGAAGUCUGUAUCCACAUCAAGAGAAUAUGUGUGAGGUGGACUGUCAUUGUCAUACGGAGCCUCAAGGUCACAACAAGCGUAGUUCACAUUUAGAAGUCACAUGGUACUGUGUCUGAACCAGCAGUGCAGUUCAAUUUUAAUAUGGCUAAUGUGCGUUUUUUAAGACCACGCCUUUCCUCUCAGUGAACUUUUGUCUAUCAUUUGCAUGUGUAGCUGCUUUUCCACGUCCCUGGUCUGUUGACUGCCACACCCAGCGACUUCACCUGUAACGUUACUGCUGUGUUUUCAUGCUGUCUGAAUACCAUGAGAAAGAGCCGCUUUCGCCGUUCUGUUUCUGUGCCCUGAUUCUUGUAAAUAUUUAUCCAGAGUCACAUUAAAGUAGGAAUUUUAAAGAUUAUCUGUUAGUGAUGACAUUUGCAGUUUCUUAAAUGUAUAGCUUGUUACCUGUGCAUUAAUGAGUUGGAACUGAGGCACUGAUUUCUGUAUUUGCAUGAGGAGAUCUUUGUAAAUAAAAUAUUCUUAAAAGCU